AUCGUAUGCAAAUUCGAAGAAAGAUCGAGGCGGACACGGUUAGUGAUGGACCCGAAAGGUUAACUCUGAUUUCUCUCCACAGACGCUGCCAGACCUGCUGAGCUUUUCCAGCAUUUUCUCUUUUGGAGCUUUCCUGGUUUUGUUGCUGAUUUCCAGCCGUCGCAGUUUUUAUUAUACAGGAAAGGUUUGUUUAUGAGAUGUGUCGGAGAGAAUGUUGACCUGGAUUAUCUGCCAAAUGGGAAUGUGAAGGGAAGAUAGAUUUUGGUCCUUAACUGGAUACGUCACCAAAACCACCCGGCUGCGAUAUUAACUGGGUGUCGGAGUGAAUAGCAAGGAAUUCAACUUAGGAACGUACACAGCCCACUGACAGAAAUUAUUAAGAACAGAAACAGAAAUUGCUGGAAAAAUAAGUAGGUCUGGCAACAUCUGUGGAGACAAAGCAAAGGUUUCGGGUUCAGAGCCAAAUAUUAGGCACAGUCCAAUUCACUUCCCAUUCUUCACAGAUCCUGCGACACGUCCAGUGACUAACUCACCACGGUAACUGGUUAUUGAACAUCCGAAGUAUUUAAAGACGGUUCAAGGAGCUGACAUUCUUAACCAUUGCUCAAUCAAAAUCAUUUUGGGCCUGGAAGAUGUAACAGCCUGGGAUGGCAGCAGGGGACAGCUUUUAGAUAGGGUCUGAAUGCGACAGCGAUUUUGAUAUUAAUAAAGUAAUGACCCUGGGAGAACACGCUGCUGGAAAUAGAUCUUUUCUGCUGCGUACUGAGACUCCCAAACACAAUUUUGCUAAACUUCCAGCAGGUGCGGCCUGACCUCUGCCCUACCAGUGGGAGCCUGCCACAGGCAGAAGGGAAAACUCGAGCAAUGAAGUAAAUACAAGAGACAGGAGCAGAGGGAGAGCAAGGAAACACAACACUGGUGGAAAAAAAAGGAAUCAAAGUACAAAAACGUCAGGAAAAUACAGCUGAGCGGAGAGGUUAAAUAGGCAGCAGUUAAUUGCUUCCCAUGUCCUGCUUUGAUUUAAUACCGUCACUUUCCUCCGAUCAGUUGUCAAUAUUUUGAUUCGAUAUGGAUUCCCUCCUCCGAUCAGUUAUUGACCCCCCUGCCCCUCUAUGCAAAGCUAUGUCACUAUGUCUGGUUGGAUUUGGUUACCUCCAGUGUUGACAAAUCGCUCUAUUUCUGGUAACCUCAUCACGGCCAAAUGCUAAACUCUUGGAUCAAUCCCAGUCACAAGAGCCCAGAACUUUCUAACAUGGGUAUAAAGAGCCUCCCAGCAGCCCUGGCAGCACAGUCUGGGCACCAUUCGCUUCUCUUCCCGCAAUCAUGAGCUCCAAAAGCACCCCGGCGGUGGGCAUCGAUCUGGGCACCACCUACUCCUGUGUUGGGGUCUUCCAGCAUGGCAAGGUGGAAAUUAUCGCCAAUGAUCAGGGGAACCGCACCACCCCCAGUUAUGUGGCGUUCACCGACACCGAGAGACUGAUCGGAGACGCGGCUAAGAACCAAGUGGCCAUGAACCCCCAGAACACCAUAUUUGACGCCAAGAGACUGAUCGGCAGGAGGUACGACGAUGCUACUGUGCAGACCGACCUUAAACAUUGGCCUUUUAAAGUGAUCAAUGACUCCUCCAGACCCAAAGUUGAGGUUCAGCACAAGGGGGAAACUAAGACCUUCUACGCAGAAGAGAUUUCCUCCAUGGUGUUAGCCAAGAUGAGGGAGAUCGCCGAGGCUUACCUGGGAAAGAGCAUUUCGAGCGCGGUGAUCACGGUCCCCGCUUACUUCAACGAUUCCCAGCGCCAAGCGACCAAGGACGCAGGGACUAUCAGCGGGCUCAAUGUCCUCAGGAUUAUUAAUGAGCCCACUGCCGCCGCCAUCGCCUAUGGCUUGGACAAGAGGGUAGGAGUAGAGUGUAAUGUCCUCAUCUUCGAUUUGGGUGGUGGAACCUUUGACGUGUCAAUUCUUACAAUAGAGGAUGGUGUCUUCGAGGUCAAAUCCACAGCUGGUGACACACACCUCGGUGGUGAGGAUUUUGAUAACCGUAUGGUGAACCACUUUAUUGAAGAGUUCAAGCGCAAAUACAAGAAGGAUAUCAGUGGGAACAAGCGAGCUGUGCGUCGCCUUCAUACUGCCUGUGAAAGGGCAAAACGAACUCUGUCCUCCAGCUCGCAGGCCAGCCUGGAGAUUGACUCCCUGUUUGAAGGUAUAGACUUCUACACUUCCAUCACCCGGGCACGGUUUGAGGAGCUGAAUUCCGAUCUCUUCCGAGGAACCCUGGAGCCCGUGGAAAAAGCUCUAAGAGAUGCCAAAAUGGACAAGAGCCAGAUUCACGAGAUUGUACUUGUGGGGGGAUCUACUAGAAUUCCAAAGAUACAGAAACUUUUGCAGGACCUAUUUAGUGGGAAGGAGUUGAAUAAAAGCAUCAAUCCUGAUGAGGCAGUAGCUUAUGGGGCAGCUGUACAAGCAGCCAUUCUGAGUGGAGAUGUCUCGGAAACAGUGCAGGACUUGCUCCUUCUGGAUGUUACACCCCUAUCAUUGGGUAUUGAAACAGCUGGGGGAGUGAUGACGACCCUCAUCAAGAGAAACACAACUAUUCCCACAAAGCAGACCCAAAUCUUCACCACAUACUCAGACAACCAACCUGGUGUCCUGGUCCAAGUGUUUGAGGGUGAGCGAGCCAUGACCAAAGACAACAACCUGCUAGGCAAGUUUGAGUUGACAGGAAUCCCACCUGCACCCCGAGGUGUCCCUCAGAUAGAGGUCACUUUUGACAUUGAUGCCAAUGGAAUAUUGAAUGUCUCUGCUGUGGACAAAAGUACUGGUAAGGAGAAUAAGAUCACCAUCACAAAUGACAAAGGGCGUCUGAGCAAAGAGGACAUUGAUCGCAUGGUGAAUGAGGCAGAACGUUACAAAGCAGAUGAUGAAGCACAACGACUGCGGAUAACUGCCAAGAACACCCUCGAAUCUUACGCAUACAAUGUGAAAUCCACAGUGGAAUAUGAUAACAUAAAGGGUAAACUGAGUGAAGAUGACAAACAGAAAGUUUUGAACAAGAUAAAGGAGACCCUUGAUUGGCUAGAUCGAAACCAAAUGGCUGAAAAAGAAGAGUUUGAGUUUCAUCAGAAGGAGCUGGAGAAGGUGUGUAAUCCUGUUAUGGCUCAGCUCUACCAGAGUGGUGCUGCCCCUGGUCCAGGGGGAUUUCCUCCAGGAGAAGCAAGCAGCCCAGGAUCUGCUGGACCAACUAUAGAGGAAGUGGACUAAAGAUAACAGAAAAAUAAAUGAAACAACAAUUAUUCUCCACCAGCGAUAAUAUACUAAAAUAACAUUUGUUUUCUUCAGACACAUGGUUAUUCUCUUAAGUUCAGGUUUAUUCUUUAACUAUUAAAUUAGCCAUAAUGUAAACAGAAGACAGCGUGUGAUCCAAACUAGAACAUGGUAGGUUACAGUUAGGCACAGAGCAUCAGACUCAAUACGCAAAAAUAAUUCUUCGACAAUAUAUGUUUUGAUAUAAAUAAUUGUAUUUUUCACUAUUACACCAAGCUGGAAAUUAACUGCUUGUUUGUGUCAAUAAGAUAUUUUAGCAACAGGUGAUACAAACAGGUUGCAUAACUGUCAAAUAUGCGACUGAAAAAUAUGAACAUUAAAGUGCAUGAUUGAUGUAUCAUA